AUGGUGGCAACAAAGCGAGGUUCCGAGCCGCCACGGCGCAGCGAGGCUGCAGCAUCCUCGGUCAAGAGGCCGCGUGGCUCGGGGGGUGCGGAGGCUUGUGAUCUCCGAUUAGAUGAUCCAAGCCACGAGAAGGAGCUUCCAAGCUCGUCGAGCACAGCGCUGGGCUCGUCAGCAUCCUCGACCUCCCAAGAAGAGAAGGAGCCAACCUUCGAUGGAUUGCGCCGGACCGACCUUAUUCGCUUGAUCGGCCAAGCGCUUGGAGAUUUGGGCCUCGAAGUGACCCGGGCGGCCUUAGAGACGGAGUCUGGCAUAGCCGGAGAGGCAAGCAUCGUGACUGAUCUCAGGCGCUCAGCGAUUGCAGGCAACUGGGACGAGGCGCUGGGAGUGGUCCGCCGGCUCGCAGAAGAGCCGCCGAGCACGGUGGGGGAGGCGGCCGCUGCUCUCCGGGUCUCGCUACUGGAGCAGAAGUGCUUGGACCUUCACCGUAGCGGGGAAGUGGAGGCCGCGAAGGAGGUCUUUGCGGAGAUCGCUGGCACAGAUGGGGCAGAAGAUCUAUCGCAGCAGUUGGACCUUUCUCCGCAGGAGCUUGCAGACUCCUCACCGUCUCGUGGCGACGUUGCGGAUCGACUGGUGGAGCUGCUGCCCCCGGACUUGGCUCUGCCCCCGCGCCGCCUCUGUGCGCUGCUGUGGCAAGCGGUCAGGUAUCAGCAGCUUCACUGCCUCUACACUGAUCUCGAUCCGAACCUCAUGUAUCAGCAGCUACACUGCUUGUCCACCGACAUGGACCCGACGCUGCUGUCUUCCGGACCGAACCUGCUCAAGGACUACAGAUACACCGCGCCGGCUCUGCCCAUCCACUGCGUUGCAAGGCUCAACCAUCAUCGAGACGAGGUUUGGUUUGCGGUCGUCACAGACGACGGAUGUGGCUAUGAUUGUGACAACUUCCACAGCUUUUUCAUUGGCAAUGCUUGCUCUGGAGCUUCCAAGAUUUCCAAGAGAGGCCAUGAAGCGGAGCGGUGCGGUGAGGGGCAUGCUGGGCUUGAUUUCACGGCAACUGGGCCACAAAGCCGUGCCGGUGCAACCCGCAAUGAAAUACCGGAUUGCCAUAAUUGGUGGAGGUUCCUCAGGCGUUUCCGUGGCUUCACAGCUCUGCAGAAAGCUGCCGAAGAGCAUCUUGGUUCAGGUGAACACAGCGGCAUCGCGGUCAUCGAGCCCAGGGAUCAGCACCUGUACAUGCCCUACUGGACGAUGGUAGGUGGAUUGGGACUAGAUGUCCAGAACUCCGCACGACCGAUGGAGCAGGUGAUGCCUCACCACGUGCAGUGGAUCAAGGAGAAGUGCCUGACCUUCCAGCCAGAGCAGAACAAGUUGACCCUGGCGAGCGGCCAGCAGAUCGAGUACGAUAUCCUGGUCGUGGCUGCCGGCCUGCAGCAGAACUUUGGAGCCGUGACAGGACUCCCGGAAACCAUGGGAAAGAAUGGCGUUGCCUCAAUCUACUCCUUUGAUUACUCGCCAAGUGUUUGGGCCAACAUCCAGAACAUGCAGAAAGGGAAAGCCAUCUUCACCAACCCGGGCACAGCCGUCAACUGUGGUGGAGCACCACAGAAGAUUUGCUACCUGGCCGAAGCGGCAUGGCGUCAACGAGGAGUUCGUGACAACAUCGAGAUUGAGUUCUGCACGGCAACCCCAGGCAUCUUCGCUUGCCCUGAGUAUCGGGUAGCCUUGGAGAAGGUCAUGAAGUCAAAGAACAUCACCCCGCAUGUCAAGACGAAUCUCGUGGAAGUCGAUGGGGAGAGGAAGAUCGCGACCUUUGAAAAGGAAGGUGGUGAAUUGCUUACGAAAGAGUUCGACUUUCUCCAUGUCACGCCCCCCAUGAGUUCACCAGACUUCAUCAGGAAUAGCCCCCUCGCAAAUGCGGCCGGAUUCGUCGAUGUGGACAAGGAGACUUGCCAGCACAACAAGUUCUCCAAUGUCUUCUCCCUCGGCGACUGCUCCUCGCUCCCGACCUCGAAGACGUACUCGGCCAUCUCAUCCCAGGCCCCAGUCGUCACCUACAACGUGCAGGCUCUGCUGUCCGGCAGAGAGGCCACUUCCACCGACGAUGGCUACACAGCAUGUCCCGUGCUUCUGGGGGACAGCAAACUGCUGCUCGCGGAGUUCAACGGCUACACGAUGGAAGCCACUCCCACUUUCGUUCCGCUGGACCAGACAAAGCCCAACACUUUGUUUUAUUGGUUGAAGCGGUACGUCUUCGAGCACGUCUACUGGCAUUCUAUGCCUCUGGGACGAUGGUACGGCAAGUACAUGUGGUUUGAGCCGUCCGUGAAGCACAAGGCCAAGGCCGCCAAGCCGAUUGCCUUCAAGGCAGCGCCGCCGUCUGAAACCGCUGCACUGAAGGCUUCCGUGCCCAUAGCCGGCGCAGGUGAGGCCGCGACCCAGGGCGCUGCUGCCAUGACCGACAGCCUCAAGCCUGAGCUCUUCGGUGUGAGCACGCCAAACAUCCCGGGGGACGUCAGCCUGUCAGGAAACCUCGACGUGGCGAUCAUCAAUCAGCUUGCUCCACGUUACAAAGGUUGGCUCUACCUCAACCCAGCAGAGAACAAGCACUUCCACAAGAAGGAGAUCGAAGCUGCGGGGUGCCAGGUGGAGGUGGCGCCCAUUCCCAAUCCUAGCAGCCAAAAAGCCACAGCAGAGCAUGCGGCAUCAGUCCUGGCGGCCAUGGACCGGCUCCCGAGGCCCCUGAUGGUUCAGUGCACCUCGGGCAACCGUGCCGGUGCCGCGCUGCUGCUGGCGCAGGCGAAAGCGCUGGGGCACAACAGGGCAUCCGCCUCUCUUUUGGCGGAGGACUUAGACCUCAAGUUCUGGACGAAGUGCUCCGAGUGCGGGCCCAUCAAGGACUGGGUGCUCGACCAGCUGCCCGCACCCAACGAGGAGGGGCAGCACACCACUGCACCCACGAAGUCAGCAGUCAUUGAGCAGCUUUUUGACCACAAGGGCAGCUCUACGUUCUCUUACCUCGUCGGCUGUGCGCACAGCCAGGAGGCGGUGUUGAUCGACCCAGUUCUGGGCAUGGAGACCCGGGAUCUAGGCCUGGCGGAGGAGCUGGGCUUCAAGGUGAAGUACGUUGUGAACACCCAUUGCCAUGCAGAUCACAUCACCUCCGGUGGUGCCAUCAAGAAGCUCCAUCCAGAGGUGAAGACCAUGAUCUCGGAAGCCUCUGGCGCUGCCGCGGAUAUCAAGCUGAAGGAUGGCGACAAGAUCGAGUUUGGCGAGUAUGCCCUCGAGGCCCUGGCCACGCCGGGACACACAGACGGUUGCAUGUGUUUUGUGCUGCUCGGCCCAGAUGCGCCCAAGGCAGUCUUCACCGGUGAUACCUUGCUGAUUCGGGGCUGCGGCAGAACCGACUUCCAGCAGGGCGAUGCUGCGCGACUCUACGACAUGGUUCACCAGAAGAUCUUUACCCUGCCCGAGGACACGAAGAUCUAUCCAGGUCACGACUACAAAGGGAGAAACGUAUCAACCGUGGCAGAAGAGAAGAAGUUCAAUCCUCGGCUGACGCAGAACAAGGAAGAGUUUAUCAAGACCAUGAAGGACCUCAAUCUGCCGUACCCGAAGAUGAUGGACGAAGCUGUCCCGGCCAACCUCGUCUGCGGCGCUUGA